AUGUGGUGUGUCAUAUCAGGAAAGUGUUUAUACCAGCGUUCGUUGAAUGUUGACGAACUGCAUUUAUUCUCACAAAUAAAUAAAACUUAAACAAUACCGUCCACGGCAGGUACCUAGGAAUGGGAUGAGGCACCGGACCCCAUUUCACUACGGUUUCAAUGAGGUUAAUUAAUAAGGAUUAUUAACCUGACGUGGUUUUUUUUUUUUAGACAAAUCGCAGGUUGCUGUGAUAAAUAUAACUGGCCAUGGAUUGGUCACGGUCGGACACGGAGAGACUACUAGCUGUGUUUGUGGGGUUUCUAAGUAUGAUUACUUCGGGAUCCACCUAUGCAUUUGGAGCUUUCACUAACGCCGUGAAGUCUCACUUUAACUACACACAGUCAGAAGUUGAGUUCCUCAGCUCUAUGCCAAACAUUGGGAUCUCGUUUGCUUUCCCUGCUGGCAUUAUUAUCGAGAAAUUUGGUCCUCGGUGGUCUACGCUUUGCGGCGCCAUCUUUUCUUCCCUCGGCUAUGGCUUGCUGUACAGUACAACAUUGCAGCAACAUUUCUACCACACAAAAGCCUGGCUCCAAUGCGUCUACUUCUUUAUUGCAGGCUUUGGAGCAACAUUUUUCUACAUGACACCGCUCGCAAUUAACAUGGGAAAUUUUCACCCUAAACACAGGGGUAAAGUAGUGGGGGUGAUGGAUGCUUCGUUCAGUGCUGGGCCCGCUAUUUUUGCUGCCAUUUAUGGAACAUUAUUUGUAAAAGGACACGUUAACGAUGAAGAAAAUCAAGAUUUAAAAGGCUUUUAUUUCCUCAACAUCAUCUGUUCAGUGGCUGUUGGUGCGCUAGCACUUAUCUUCAUAAAGCGCAUUUCCUAUGAGUUUGACCUGGAAGUGACAUGUAUUGUUGAUAAUGAUUUGAACAGCGAUCCUGUUUUACCGAAAUAUGAAAAUAUUUCCCAUAGAGAAAUAAGUGGCUUGAAACUUCUUAACAGAUUCGAUUUCCAUUAUUUGUCAUGGGCAUGUUUCAUUUGCGCAGGGUUACAGCUGAUGUUCCAAAACAAUCUUGGAACAUACCUGAAGUCUUACGGAUUUGAAAGCUACACGACGCUUUUUACUACUUUAAAUCCAAUCGCAGCCAUCUUCUCUAAAUUUUUCGCGGGAUUUCUAUCAGACGCCAUUGCGGAAUGGGUGCCAAGAUCUGUUGUCUUGCUCACAUUCAACCUUGCGCAGACUAUAGAUCUUGUCCUAUGUAUAUUCUUUGCUAAUAACUUUUCCCUUUUUUUAAUCACUGACAUCAUCAUAGGGUUCGCUAACGGCGCCGUCUGGUGCCUGACGCCGACUAUGAUCAGCGAGUUUUAUGGAAUGAACAAUUUUAGCCGAAACUGGGGCUUUAUAAUGCUUGGGAACGCUGUUCUGGGACUGGUUUACCAGGAGACCUUUGGCGUUCUUUACGAUGUUAACACCAAAGAAACCAACCAGUGCUAUGGCCUGCACUGUUUUACCUGGAGUUUUGUCAUUAUUGCUGUGUCCAGUUUUUGUGCAUCCAUUUUGAAUAUUGGAUUACUACAGAAAAAGAUAGACGAGAAAAAACACGACGGGGAAUUCCCUAAAGCAGAAUUGUGCUGUUUAUAAAUAAUCUAUUUAAAAUCUAAAAAAAAGUUGUUUAUUAGGGUAUAUGAUGUUACAUUUAUGUACGGUAAUAGAUUUAAGAUUUAUCCAUUCCUUCUACAAAAUGACUGAUCAAAACAAAUUUGAUGACUAUAGAAAAUUUAAAAAAAAAAUUAAAAGUAAUGGAACUUUGUGUAAAA